AGCAGUAUUAGGUUCUACACCGGUACUACCACGAUCACCAAACCCACAUACAAGCGCACAAACACAAACACUCACGCAACAAUGAGUUUCCUCGGCGGGAUCGGCAACAUAACCGGCGGUUCGCACAAGGACAAAGGCUUCUCCUCGAAGAACAAGGUCCAGCAGUACCAUGGCGACGGCACGGAGUCUAUCAUCGUCAUGGGUCGCCCCUUCCGUGUACUCCAGAAGAUUAGCGACGUACCGCCGCCGUACAUGGUGGGCCGCCAGCGAAAACUGAAGUACGGGGAGGGGGGCAGCUCCUACGUGUACCUCGUGGAGAACACGAGCCGUCUGCCCGAGUUUCCGCGUCACCUGGCCCUCAAGCGCUGCUUCUUCGGCGUGGACCAGGUGGCGGAGGCACACAAAGAGGUGGACAUCGUCUCGCGCAUCAAGGACAAGAACAUCGUCCGCGUCUACCACAGUGAAAUCUCGCGCAACGAGGGCAAGCUCGGUGUGAGUAUUUGCAUGGAGUACUGCUCCAACAACUUGUACCGCCGCAUCCGCAGCAGUGCCGGUGCCGGUGCCGGGACCCGUCUUACGGAGGGCGAGAUCUGCCACGUCAUGCUCGCCGUGACGAGCGCUGUGGGUUACCUGCACACCCAGCAGCCCCCCAUCACCCACCGCGACAUCCGCCCGGAGAACAUCCUCAUCAACAACAAGAACACCGGUCCGCUGAGCUACAAGCUGACGAACUUCGGCAACUCCACCACUGAGGCGUACCACUGCGAGACGCGCGAGGAAGCGUCCAUGGCCAUUGCAGAUAUCCAGCUGCACACGAACCCGGCCUUCCGCGCCCCUGAGAUGGCCGACCCGUGGAGCAAGCAGCGCAUUUGUGAGAAGACGGACAUGUGGGCGAUCGGGGUGCUGCUCUACUACAUGAUGUACCUGCGCCUCCCCUUUGACCCGAGCACGGCGAUUGGGCAGGAGAACUGGGAGGUGCGCUUUCCCCCGCAGACCAUGGGUUCCUACUCCGGCUCGCUGCGGGUGAUGGUGGAGCACCUGCUCGACUCCAACCCCGACUCCCGCUGGGACAUCUUUGCCCUCACCAACUUUCUGCGUUUCGACGAGGACGUCAGCCGCCACCUCGGCACCUUCUGCUUCAGCAAGACCGAGUGGCCGGAGGGGUGGGAGGAGCAGGAUGUGAGGGUGCUCGGCCGGGCAGCGCCGCUCAAGGCCCCGCCCAUCUCGUACAACGAGCCGGGUCACGAGCAGCUCGAGAACAGCGGCAGCCCGCGCAAGCCGCGCAUGGGCGGCAGUGCCGGCUACAACAGCAGCAGCCCGCCGCCGGUGGAUGAGCGCGAUGCGCCGGCCUCGAUGGGCGGAGCGGGCGAUGCGGUGCAGGACGCGAUGAUGGUGUUGGGCGGCGACCCGGCCGACGACACACCGGAGAUGGCUGCGUACCGCCAGCAGAUCAUCCGCGAGCAGGAGGAAGCGUGGGAGCUGGCGAAGAGGGCCGCCGGCCUGCCCGCCUCCCCCGCUGCCCCAGCGCCGAGUCAGCCGAAGAACUCUCAGGCGGAGUCCCCGACGGGUGCGUCGGAGUCGGCGAAGAAGGACGUCUUCGAUGACUUGUUCGCCGGGCCUGCCCCGGCCUCCCCGCCGCAGACGUCGCCGGUCGUCGCCUCGCCCUUCAACCCCAGCCCGGUGGCGCAGGGCGCACCCCAGCAGGAUGCACCCAAGAAGGACGUGUUCAGCACCGAUGACCUCUUCAGCGCACCACCCCGGCAGCAGCAGCAGCAGGGGUAUUCGAUGGGUGGCGCCUACGGCCAGCCGCAGCAGCCGCAGAUGCCAGGGAUGGCCGGCUGGGGCACAGGGGCGCCAACGAUGGGUGGCGGCUACGCCCCUCCGCAGCAGCACAUGGGGUCCUACGGAGACAACAUGUACGCCACGUCCCCGGUGCAGCAGCAGCAGCAGCAGCAGCAGAGUUCUCCGGGUUACCAAAUGGGGGCGGGCUACCCCUUGCAGCAGCAACAGCACCCGCAGCAGCCGUAUUCGUCUGGUCCAUCGCAGCAGUCGAUGAACUUUAUGGCGCCUGCGCCUGGCCAGCAGCCGCCGUCGCAGCCCGCGGAGCCGGUGGCGAAGCCGGCAGCCCCAGCACCGUCGAAGAAAGAUCCGUUUGCGGAUCUCUUCAACUGA